AGUCAAAAGGUUACUUUCGGUCAUUCCAGGUGGCAAUAUGGAAGCAAGCUCUCCAAAACGGCAACCUGCUUCGGCUAAAACAUCGCUUAGGCCAAAAACUUGACCAUCUCCGAUUUUUUCAACGUUAGGACCGUAACCAUAAAGUAGGGAGAUGUCUGUGGUGAAGUGUUUCAGCGUCUAGAGUAGCGAAAAACGGAGAAAAACAUCGUUUUAGACACGUCGAAAUUCAUUUUUAAAUUUUUGGUGGACGGAAAAAAAAGAUGGAGGCAGACACAGAUCGAUUGACAGAGAGACGCGACUCGCAGGAUUCCAGGCCGCGGGCGACCAUGUACAUUGUUUACAUACAGUGCUAUUUUGUGACAAUUGCAACCAUUCUGGGCACAGGAAUUCUCGGUCUCCCAGUGACUCUGUCCCACUCAGGACUGUACCCAUUCCUAGUGUCAUUUCUCAUAGGUUUUGUUAUACAGUGCUUGCUGGUAUAUUUCUUUGUGGAGAUCCUGCAAAGAGCAUAUGCAGCUCAGGAGCAGAUAUCCAAGUGGGGAGGUUGUUUCUGGACAGAGAAAGACCCUUUGUUAAAGAAAUCCAGCAAGAUUGUUCCACUGCAUGUUGUGGCAAGGGUGAAGGGGGCGACGUUGAGCCAUGAGCACAUCCCACUUCAGGAGGAGGAGGAUGAGGCUGAUGAAAAGGAAACAACUGAAACAGCAGAUGGCAUGCUGGCAGGUCAUGUGAUCCUGCCCAAGCGGUCGGAGAUCAGGUCACCUGACCUGCACAUGCUGGGCACCAUGUUCCUGUCCUGUGGCGUGCAGCAAGCAUUUGACAUUAUCGUCUUCUUACACUUUAUCUCAAUCCUGAUCAGCUAUGCCCUGGCUGGAAGUGAGGCCUAUGCUCAGAUGUUUGGAGUCCCACAUUUCUACGUGAUCCCAGGGUUUGUGUGGAUCCUGACAUUUGCCAUCGUGUUCACCCAAACCCUGAUGCAGCCUGUCAUCUCUCUCUUCACACUGGUCAAGGGCAGUCUGCUCAUAGCCACAGUGGUGGUGACGUUCUUUGUUGGAGCUGAGGUGUCCCAGGGCAUCAGUAAUGACUUCCACUACAUAGGAGCUCCCUUCCUCAUGGGCACAGUGGCACUAGGAGGAGUUGUGAAUGUGAUGCCCAUGCUGUAUCAGAAGAUAUCACCAGUUACUGCUCAGGUGAAGCACUUUCGUGGAGCUGUGGUAGCCGGGAUUUCCACCUGUACUGUUCUCAACAUCCUCUGGUGCUGGGCAGUUCUCCACAUUGUCCCCCAGCUGCCCUGCAGUCCCAUGUCUGUUGUAGGGAACGCCACAGACUCCCCAACUGUAGUUACCCCAGCGAGUGUCGUCACCACUGUAUCAACCAGUCCUCCUGUCAGCCCAGCCUGUGCACACAACCUGUCACUACAGAGAUCUGCAGACAAUGGAGAAAUUGCAACCCUCCCUCUUACAGAGAUAAUCCAGACCAUGCACCCUGAGUUCUCAUGGGUAGCCAUCCUGGUGCAGUUAUUCAUCAUGAUCAGUAUUACUGUGUCUUACCUGACCCUGGGGUCAGCCAUGCACCAUACAGUUGUUGGCUGGGUGGAGGGUUCCUGGAAUGAGCCUGGGUUCUGCAGAUAUGCUCCCAUCUUUGAGGGGAUCUGCAAAUGCUGCACGCCCAAAUGUAUCUGCCAGUCUCUGAUCUCCCUCUUCAUAUUUGCCAUUGUCUUCACUGUGGCAAUGUUAGACCCAAAGGGUUUUGUAGAGAUCCUGGACCGAGGAACGUCACUCUUCAUCAACCUGGAGUGUGGAAUCUUCAUCUUCCUCAUGGUGCGCAACGCUAGAACUGGAACAUUCAGCACCCUGGACAUUCCGCUGGAGACUCCCUGGCUGCUGUACCACCUCCACUGGCUGGUGGCGCUCUACUUCACCUUUGCUGUCGGCUAUGACAUCGUAGACUCCAUAUACGAAACAGCCGCAUAGGCGGAACAGGAGUGUGUAGAACAUAAUGUAGCCAUGUGGGGUCAGAAACAACCAGCUCUUUGACUACAUACUAGAUAAUUUCUUCCGGGAAGUAUUGUUUUGGGUGGUGCUGAUGUAGGAGGAGUUUGUAUGUUUGGGUUCCAAACAUUGCAUCAGGCUACAUUACAGGAGAAUGCCAGGCCACAUGAAGUCAUUGGCAGAAUGUACUGGACCUGCAUGAAAACCAUAAUGUAUUGUGCAUAGCACUUCAGUAGAAAGUCUCAUAUAAGGUCUUAUUCGUUUCCAAGUGUUAUGUUGAUAAAGAUACCGUCUGCAACAGGCACAAUUCUGAUGCAACGUUGGCCAAACAUCCAGUGAAAAUCAUGAAAAAUCAGGGUUUAGCACAGGCCUAGUACGUUUUGCUGACAUGUUGGCCACAGUACAGUAUGUGUAGGAAUUCAGUGGUGUAAAAUCCAGUGAAAUUACAUUGUACCACCAUCUCCACAGUUUCAAUACAUUCACAAAAACUUGAAACACGUCCUGGAAGUCUGAAAUCCCUGAUUUCUUGGAAAGUUGAUGGUGUAACUUUGCAAGGCAUACAUGUAUAUAGGGAUAAUGUUUUAGAAUUCUAUUCCAAUAGCUGUAUAUUAGGGAACAGUUUAAUGUUGCAUAGAAUGUAUCAGUCUGUGUGGAGAAUUACAUCAUUUUGGAUAACGCCAUUGUUAAUGUGCAAUACUCUUUUGAAACAAGCUGGUCUAUUUUGUCAGACAAUACUAAAUGUAAGAGCUUUGUCAGUAGCCAGUACCUUAUGUAUAAGUACAGUGUCAUUAUAUGCAGAUUCUUUGAUUAUUAUUUGUUCAAAAGUGCAGUGAAAGAUCUUGAAAUCCUUUUAGCUUAAUGUUCCUUACUUCUUAAAGGCACUCAAAGUGAUAUCAGGGCAGUAAAAAUGGAUUUUCAAAGUCAAUUUUCUGGUCAUUUUUUAAACGUAGUCAUGCAAGUGAAAUCAACCCUAUACCAUAGCAUAUUUAUAUCUGUCAGGCAAAAAUGUAAUAUCACUGAAAGUGGUUUGUUCUAGCUAUUUAUUGGUGGUAUCAAAAAUUGAAGGGACUCCUCACAUAGCUUGUGUGGGGGCUAUUUCAAAUGCUUCAAGUACUAUGUAAAAUAAAAUGUGCUAAGAUAUAGAUUGAAGAAAAUGUCAAUACCAGACAGAUUUCCUCAUCCAAAACAUUUUUUGUAUUGCCAGUCUGAAAUUGCGUUUGGAUGCCUUUAAUAAAUGUGUCUAGGUCUUGUAGAAUGUGACAUUUUGUGAUGCUCUACCUCUUAUAUAUGUUGUAAACAUACUAGUAGCAUGUGACCUCAGUAUAUUAGAAAUAUAUUGUGUAGUAGAGCUUAGUGCAUUUUGUAAGUUAUUCUUAAUGUUUGUGAAGUAAUGUUGUAAAUGUGCCUUAUUUGAAAUGCGACCACUACCCAAGGACCUGAUUACACUUUUAAAGAGUUGCAUGGAAUAUUGUAUAAACUUAUUAUAUUGUGAGGUCUGAGAUUUGAUGACAGGGAACAAUCAUGUCAUUCAUUUUAUGUGUGAUAAUGUGCACUAUUCUACUGUAAAUGAAGAACAUUUACUCACAUUAUUUAAGAACAAAAUGGUUGAAAAUAUUUGUUAAAAAGGGCCAAAAAAUAUGUGAGAGAUUUUCAGAGUUAUCGAAAAUGCUAUUCAUUGGUUAGGGAGUUUGUUGUUGUUGACACUGUAUGUGAGUCAGUUGUAAACCGGCAUUUUAGAACUUCAGAUGAAAAGGUCAUAGCAGCCAAAGCAAGCAAGCUGCAAAACAAAGUUGUAUACCCAUAUAAACUUGUGUUAAAUUUUCCGAGAUGACUGGCUUUCUCAAUUCAACUUCUUGUUUUUGUAAGACCUGUCUGUUAGUGCAAUGUGUCGUGUUCACAAUUUGUGUGAUGUCAUCAUUCCUAUGAUAAUACAUAAACCAGUUUUCAUCCAAAUGUUUAGGAUACAAAUGUUUUGUUCAGUUUUAGCACUAUUUAUUCAUUCCGUGGGGUUACAGACUCCAAUCCAAGCCCUCGUUUAAAUCUUCUCAAUGUAUUGCAAAACUGUUAUACAGACACCAGUCAUUUAAGAUUUUAGCAAAUGACAGUUGUUGAAAAGACAAAUACCUGGCAUCAAAAUACUUCUUGGUGUUGAAAUAAAAAGUUACUGCUGCAAUGAUAAGAUAAAAAAUGUGUGAACUUUAUUACAGAAAUACAUACUGGAGAGCUGAUAUAUGCACUUAGGUAAAUAUGAACUGUCUCUGUUCAUGUUCUUGUGUAACGUGCAUUUUUCUAUACAUGUUCAACAUUUAAAAAAGCAGGGUUACAUGUAAGUGAUAACAAUAUACAUUGUGGAAUCAAAGCUAUAGAAGUGACCACCUCUGCAUGUACAUAAGGACCACUUGGCCAAUGUGACCACUUUUUGGUUUAUAAUUUUCCCAUUCUCACAAGAAUCCUGUCUAUGGUGACCACUUGUUCAAAUAGACCAGAUUUUGUUGGUCCCGAGUGGUCUUUUGGACAGUUCUGACUGUACAAUAUGUAGUAUACCUUCUGUGAAAAACAAGGAAAUUACCAGUACAUUUUUGCCACAAAUAGGAACGUGUUAAUUUGAAGAAAGAUAGUCGAAAGUAUGGAAUGAUAGCUACAAAUACAUAAUCAAAUUCCCAAUCCGUAUAUUACAGUACUCGCACAAUAGUAAGAACUGCUUAAACUUGAGAUAUUUAUCAGAAGAUGGAUUAACCUAGCUGACCUGUACAAGAACAAGAGAAAAAGGAACUGCACCAUUCUGUUGUUGUAGAGUCAAGUCAUAGUCUUUUGAGACUUAAUGACACAGAUUGUACAAGAAGUGACCUGGCUGAAGGGAUCUGGGAUACUAGUAGUCAAAUUUACAUUAUUUUACAUGUCAAUGAAUCAAACAUUCUGUCCUCUUAUUUUCAUCCAGCACAUUCAGAUUAUGACUGUCACAGCUGAUAGAAUAUACAAAUGUAAUUAAUAUAUUUUCAUAGAAAGUCUGCCAUGGAAUAUCACCAGAGGAUUGUAGACAAAUGCAAAAGCAGUUCAGGUGGCAUUGUCAGUGCAGGGCUCGAAAUACUUUUUUGUGCAUACAUUGUGGUGGUUAAAAUUAGACUUAGCAACUUGGAACUUAGCAAGUACUGAUCAUACUAAAACUGCUCAGAAACCAUUGCUACAUUGUAUUAUUUGUUUUGUA